AUGUCGUUCUUUGCGCUGGUUCCGCUGCUUCCUUCCGCCCGCCGUACUUGCUCCCGCUUCCCCUACGCGCUCCUCCUCCCCCUUCUCGCGCUGCUCCUCGCGGCGCUGCCGCACUCUCUGUGCGCGGCGGGACGGGCGAACCGGAUGAAACCUGCUGCCACGCGCUUCGUUCUCCUGCCCAAUAACGCGUACGGCGCGAAAUGCCUCGACGGCAGAGCCCAUCCUAGUGUGUCUCCCCACCUUUCCCCCCAUCCUCCUUCUUUGCCCUACUCGUUUUCCGCACCCAGCGCCCCCGCUUAUUACUUCCGCGCGGGGACGGGCGCGGGGAGGGGCAAGUGGCACGUGCAUCUUCCUCAGGGCGGAUGGUGCUUCUCCCCGGAAGAGUGCCUCGAGCGCGCCAAUGCCCCCCUCGGCUCCUCGCGCUUCUGGGCCAGACGCCUCCCCGCCAUCGUUGAAAACGGCGGAAAGGUGCCAAAUGAUACGAUAUCCAACCCCGACCAGGCUCAAAUUGCCUACCCGCAAUUCGGAGGCUUGCUAUCCCGCAGCAAGACAGCCAACCCGGUGUUCCACGGGUGGAACCUGGUGUGGGUGGUGUACUGUGAUGGUGGCGCCUACAGCAGCACGCGGGGGAGGGCGGACCUGGGGGAGGGCGCAUCUGUGUACAUGAGUGGGCAGGCGAUAUUGCACGCAAUAAUUGAUGACCUGCGCACGCGGAGGGGCAUGGGGGCGGCGUCACACGUGCUCUUCUCGGGCAGCUCAGCGGGCGGCCAUGCCAUCAUCAUGCACUGCGACCGCCUCGCUGCUGCCUUCCCCCGCGCCUCCUCCAAGUGCCUUGCCGACUCGGGCUUCUUCGUUGACGCUAAGGACCGCUUUGGGGUGUACUCAUGGCGGGAAUACAUUCGGCAGGUCACCGCUCUGCACCGCAUUGAAGUCCCCAGAUGUCCUGCAGGAGCACCAGUGAGAGACUACUGGGUCUGUUUCUUCCCCGAGCACACCCUCGCACAGGUCUCCACGCCCCUCUUCCUCUUCCAUUCCUUCUUCGACUGGCGCUUCAUACAGUACGAGCAGCAGCUCCCUAGCGAGGAUCAAGUGUACUCGCAAAGCGCGCAGUAA